UGGCAACUCUGCUUGUUUGACUGUCGGCUGUCAUUUUUACUCGAAAAGGCUACGUCAUUCCUAACGAUCGUCAGUCAUAGAAUUUUGCGUUUAAUUACAAGUCGAUUGUGGUAAAAUUUAGGCAUAGCAUUUUAUUAGAAGAAAUUUUAACGAAAUCACAACAAUGUCAACGGACGUAAAAGGUCCUGAUGAUUUGGCAACAGCCAUUCUGCGCAAAAAGGACAAGCCAAACAGGCUUCUAGUGGAAGAGGCAAUCAACGAUGACAAUUCCGUUGUGUCUCUGUCCCAAGCAAAAAUGGAUGAGCUCCAAUUGUUUCGAGGUGAUACUGUGCUUUUAAAGGGUAAACGCCGGAAAGAAACGGUGUGCAUAGUAUUGUCGGACGACACGUGUAGCGACGAAAAAAUUCGCAUGAACAGAAAUGUCAGGAACAAUCUCAGGGUGCGAUUGUCUGAUGUGGUCAGUAUUCAGCCCUGUCCUGAUGUUAAAUAUGGCAAGAGGAUCCAUGUUUUGCCCAUUGAUGACACUGUUGAGGGACUCACAGGAAACCUGUUUGAGGUGUACCUAAAACCGUACUUCUUGGAGGCGUACCGCCCCAUACACAAGGACGACGUCUUCAUAGUGCGAGGCGGCAUGCGCGCAGUCGAAUUCAAAGUCGUCGAAACCGACCCCGCGUCGUAUUGCAUCGUCGCGCCCGACACCGUCAUCCACUGCGAGGGAGACCCCAUCAAGCGCGAAGAGGAGGAGGAAGCCUUGAACGCCGUCGGCUACGACGACAUCGGCGGCUGCCGCAAGCAGCUCGCGCAGAUCAAAGAGAUGGUCGAGCUGCCUCUGAGGCAUCCCAGCCUGUUCAAGGCCAUCGGCGUCAAGCCGCCGAGAGGAAUUUUGCUGUACGGCCCCCCCGGCACCGGCAAGACUCUGAUUGCUCGCGCCGUUGCCAACGAAACCGGUGCGUUCUUCUUUUUGAUCAACGGUCCCGAGAUUAUGAGCAAGUUGGCCGGCGAGUCCGAGAGCAACUUGCGCAAGGCGUUCGAGGAGGCGGACAAAAAUUCGCCGGCUAUUAUUUUUAUCGACGAGUUGGACGCCAUCGCGCCGAAGAGGGAGAAAACUCAUGGAGAGGUCGAACGUCGUAUCGUCUCCCAACUCUUAACUCUCAUGGACGGCAUGAAAAAGAGCUCGCACGUAAUCGUGAUGGCCGCCACCAAUCGUCCGAAUUCGAUCGAUCCCGCUCUACGUCGUUUCGGACGCUUCGAUCGCGAAAUCGACAUCGGCAUCCCCGACGCCACCGGCCGUCUGGAAGUUUUACGCAUCCACACCAAAAACAUGAAGCUCGCCGACGACGUCGAUUUGGAGCAGAUCGCUGCCGAGACGCACGGCCACGUGGGCGCCGAUUUGGCCUCGCUAUGCUCCGAGAGUGCUCUGCAACAGAUCAGAGAGAAGAUGGAUUUGAUCGACCUGGAGGACGAUCAAAUCGACGCGGAAGUACUAAACUCGCUCGCCGUCACGAUGGAGAACUUCCGCUACGCGAUGACAAAGAGCAGCCCGUCCGCUCUCCGCGAAACCGUGGUCGAAGUACCCAACGUCAGCUGGGAAGACAUCGGCGGCCUGCAAAACGUCAAAAAGGAACUGCAGGAGUUGGUGCAAUACCCCGUGGAACACCCCGACAAGUUCCUGAAGUUCGGGAUGCAGCCGUCGCGCGGAGUUCUCUUCUACGGCCCGCCCGGUUGCGGUAAAACACUCCUGGCCAAGGCCAUCGCCAACGAGUGCCAGGCCAACUUCAUAUCGAUCAAAGGGCCCGAGCUGCUGACCAUGUGGUUCGGCGAGUCCGAAGCCAACGUCAGGGAUAUUUUCGAUAAGGCGCGUUCGGCCGCUCCUUGCGUGCUCUUCUUCGACGAGCUGGAUUCCAUCGCUAAAUCCAGGGGUGGAAAUGUCGGGGAUGCCGGUGGGGCGGCUGACAGAGUUAUCAACCAGAUUUUGACGGAGAUGGACGGCAUGGGCGCCAAAAAGAACGUUUUCAUCAUCGGUGCUACCAACAGACCAGAUAUCAUUGAUCCCGCAAUUUUGAGACCUGGCCGUCUCGACCAGCUGAUUUACAUCCCAUUGCCGGACGACAAGUCCAGGGAGGCGAUCUUCAAGGCCAACUUGAGAAAAUCUCCGGUGGCCAAGGACGUAGACAUGAACUACAUCGCCAAAGUAACGCACGGUUUCUCUGGUGCCGAUCUGACGGAAAUCUGCCAACGCGCUUGCAAACUGGCCAUCAGGCAGUGCAUAGAGUCGGAAAUAAGACGCGAGCGCGAAAGGGCCACCAACCCCAACGUGGCUUCGAUGGAGGUAGAAGAAGACGAUCCAGUUCCAGAGAUAACAAAAGCGCACUUUGAAGAGGCGAUGCGAUUCGCCAGGAGGUCGGUUUCCGAUAACGACAUUCGCAAAUACGAGAUGUUCGCGCAAACUUUGCAACAGUCGAGAGGUUUCGGUACCAAUUUCCGUUUCCCCAACGCUGGUACAGGGCCACAGGCACCAGGUGGCACUGCCGGAGACCAGGGUAACUUCCAGGACGACCCUGAAGAUGACCUAUACAGCUAGAUUACUACUAAGGUAGUGCGCCUAUCAUUUUAUAUUUGUAUUUAUUACAUAAUUUUCAAUUAGUUAACAAAAUACAUAUUCUUUAAAGUUUUAUUUUAUGUUCGAUUUAGUUUUCGACUUAAUAAAAGUUUGUCUACAAUGUGGUGUUUAUUUUCAAAUAAAAACUGGUUUGAA